AGGCUCUCGAUUUGUAUAAGGAAGUGCCACAAUGGACAGAUGCCGCUUGACGCUGAAUCCGAAUCCGAUUCUCAAAAUCUGAAAGUAUUCAUGCAGAGGAGGCCACUCGAUCCGGUCGUUGCAUAUUGGAAGGUUUCUAGCGGGACGGACAGCCGGGAGUCCGCAAGCAAAUUAAAUGGAGCCGAAUAGGGAGACGGUGAAGCAGCCCGACUCCAGUCAACUGAAACGUGUUAGGCAACAGAUCCUGCUGGCCAAUGUCCAGGAGCUGAUCCAAAAGAUGACGCAUCGCUGCUUCAGAACGUGCAUCGUGCGGCCGGGCCCCAGGCUGAGCACCACCGAGCGGGCCUGCCUCUCCAACUGCGCGGAUCUGUUCAUGCUGACGGUCCAACGGGUGUCGCAGCAAUACUUCCGGCGCAAGCAACGCCAGCAGCAGCGCCGCCUAGCAAAUGCCAAAGGCACUGCUGCAGCCACUGCCACAGCCACUGCUUCUGCCCCUGCCGCAUUUUCGGACAAUAAAAAAGCAUAAAUUG